AUGGCCACAAUUGCUCUCCCGAGGCCUAUCCCCCCUCAUCGCCCUUCAUCUGCAGUGGGCUCCGUCUCGUCCAUAUCGCUCGAGUCCAUCAGCACAGCCCAAGUCCCCGUACCAAACAAGCAUCUUCCUGUCUGCCCCCCGGGGCCAGUUCCAGCGGAGGAGCCCAACACUCCUCCUCCCUCUCCCCCACGCGAUGACGAACAGGCUCAACAAUCAUCGCUGCUCUAUCCUCCUGACAAGUUCAAUAGACGAGAUUUCGCACCAUUGACCUUGUACACGAUAAGCCCCGCAGACGUCGCUGCUGCCGUUGACUAUAUCUCCCGCCAGCCGUUACCGGAUCCGAAUCAAGUCUUCCCCUGGUUCCACGGGCUCCACCCCCACAACCAUAUCCAGCAAGCUUUCUUCAUUGCCCGUCAUCGCUCCCUGAGGAAAACGCCCACAUGUGUUCGCGGCGUCACUCUCGUCAAAGCCGACGGUGAUGUUGCCGUGGCACGUCUCAAGGGCGCCAUCGCCCCUCAAGAGUUCAUGUAUUUGGGCGCUUCUCCCGAAUUCAUAGAUAUCGACCCACGGGACGGUUUCUGUGUAAGAAACUUCCAGAUCCAGGCAGCCAAGUCGGCCAUGAUGUCCGACAUCAUCGUCUAUGGAGAGGACGAAGCCACUGUGCAGAGGACCGGACUGGAUAUUGCCACAGCUCAGUCACGGUGGCGCCAAAAACACGAGGCACAAGGCCACCCACUGCCAGCGUACAACACGUUUCUCUGCGUUUCCCCCUUCAGCGAAUUCGAAACCAAGCACAAGGACAUCGUUGCCAUCGAUCACCAGGGUGAAUUGACGGGAAAUGUUCUCGACUUCUUCCAGCAGGAGAGGAAAGAGAUGUACGAAAUGACCAAGGCCUCGGAGAUAUCCCACAAUGUCUGGCUAGGCCCAACACCAGAUCCCACUUCUGGAGAAGAGUACAAGUACGACGUUUUGAUCGAGUGCAGCGAUGUCGGUCGUUUGAACCCGUCGACACUACGUGCUCUUGCCGAGUCCAAGAUCAAGCCAGCGGUGCGCCCGUACAUUGACUUUCCAUCCUCUGGCAGCAUUCUGCCACCGACUUGGUCGCAAGUUGAAGCCGACGGCAUUCUAGAAACCUGCAAAUGGAUAUAUCACUUGGCACAUGGCACCCUACCACCCACUGAACAGUCCAGCUUUGACUUUGACGGAGAUGUAGGAAUGGACGAACCAGCGGAAGAUGAGGAGCCUGCAGCUUCUCAUCCCAUGAAGAUACUUAUUCACUGUGCCGACGGAUAUACUGAAUCUACGAUGCUGGGGAUCGCCUAUUUCAGCUACAGCACUGGACGAGGUAUUGCUGAUGCCUGGCUACACUUGCACACAGUUAAGCAACGCAAUUUCUUCGCAUAUCCAACCGAUGUGGCUCUUUUGACGUGCAUUGAAGCUCGUCUACUCCAUGAGUCGCCAGUUCACGCUGGAAAGGGACUACGCGAGGUGACAGCCCUGAUCAAGGAACCUGCGUGGCUGCCUGGUCUCGAUGGUUCUCUGCCCAGUCGGGUGCUGGACUACAUGUACCUCGGAAACCUCGGGCACGCCAACAACCCGGAUUUGCUCAGAGCUCUCGGAAUUGGCCAGAUUCUCAGCGUGGGUGAGACUUCAAUGUGGAGAGAAGGCGAGUUGGAGGAAUGGGGCCCAGAAAAUGUAUGCGUGGUUCAGGGCGUUCAAGACAACGGCAUUGAUCCGUUAACUGAUGAGUUCGAGCGGUGCCUCGAAUUCAUUGACCACGGCCGGCGCAGCGGAACAGCCACAUUGGUGCAUUGCAGGGUUGGUGUGUCCCGCAGUGCCACCAUCUGUAUUGCGGAAGUGAUGCGGGCCAUGAACCUAUCGUUUCCCCGGGCGUAUUGCUUCGUCCGAGCCCGCCGACUCAAUGUCAUCAUCCAGCCUCACCUACGAUUCGCAUACGAGCUCCUUAAGUGGGAGGAGCUGAACCAGGUCAAGCAGUACGGACCUGCUGGGAUCAAACGGGAAUUAGAGUGGGGAGAGAUUGCCAGGGAGAUCGCCCUGAUGAACAGACCUUACGCUCGAUAA